AUUUUGUUUGUGCAUCGACAGCUCUCUCGGUAACUGAAUUCAACGAGGGCGACUCCUCGCAAAUCCUACUCGGGUGCCGACACGAUCUUGAUGUACCACACCGGAAGCGCAAUCCUCUACGUCGGGAUUACAUAACUUUUAGAAAGGAUAAAAUGGUGUUAGUGGUCGGGGCUCGCGGUCCUGGGCACGGAUGGCGGCCCCAAUGAGAGAGGAGCUGGGUGGGGCGGUGGCGGCGUCCACAGAUAGUGUUGGAAGUGGCAAUGGCAACAACAAUAAUACCACCAGUAAUGCAAAUUUUGAGUACGAUGACAAUGAAUGGGAUAUUGGUAUAGGCGAUUUAAUUAUCGACUUAGACGCAGAUAUUGAAAAAACAGGUUCAACAUCUACAACUACAACUAGUGAAGCCCUUGGUGUUACCAAUAGUGCGGCUACAACAGUCGGUUUAACGGCUGGUAGUGGAGCCAUGUCAGGAGCAGCUGCCACUGCACCCACAGCCACUACAGCUGGCAGCAAUAAAGCUACUGUUGAGCAUUCAGCUACUGUUGAUAAAGGAUUAAAAAUGAAAAUCAAACGAACAAAAACGGGGACUAAGAGCUUUGAAGCUAAACAUGAAAUCGUCAAGCCUGGCGAACAAAAUGGAUCUUUAGCUUCCACUCAGUCUCAAUCAAGUGGUAGUGCCUCUUCAAAUGAUUCAUCUGGAUCUUCCGCUGAGUCUAAACAAACUGGUAAACAUUCCAGUACAUCUAGUACCAAUUGUACUACUCCUUCAACCAGUACUACUUCAACUGUAAGUUCUGUAAAACGUGGAUCUAGCAGUCAUCGAAGAGAUAAAACAAAAGACAAACAGCAUAGCUCAUCUACAAGUGGUGAUAAGUGUCAUAAAGUAAAUUCUAGUUUGUCUUCUGAACUUAAUGGUCGAGGUCCUGUUAGUCAAUCAGCUCCUAGAACCAGCACUUUCCCAGCUUUAUCAAGCAAUACACAGUCACCUAAUGUGCCUGGUCCUGGACCAACUGUUGGAGAAGCAGGAACUUCAACUUCUUCAAGUGUAGCUAAUGGUCCGGAACAAAUUGUAUCACCCCCAGUAGUUCCAAUGGAAAAUACCCAAACUACUACAAAGUCUUCUGCAGCAUUGUCUACCUUAUCAAAACCUCUACAAUCUACCUCACCACCCCCAACCAACAAAGUAAAGACUGCUAAUAGUUCAACUUCUGCUUCCCUAACAGAGCAAAAGGAAACUGCUGAUGCCUGUGUUGGUACUAGCAUCAGUGUUGGAACUGUUACAGAACCAGAUUGUUUUGGGCCAUGUGAACCCGGAACACAUGUUAAUUUAGAGGGGAUUGUAUGGAACGAAAUUGAAGGUGUUCUUGUUGUUAAUGUAACAUGGAGAGGAAAAACUUAUAUAGGUACAUUAUUAGACUGUACUAGACAUGAUUGGGCUCCACCUAGGUUUUCUGAAGCAUCAGCUGGAGAACCGGAAUGUCGUUUACCUCAGAAAGGACGUGGGAAAAGGGGUCGUGCUAGUUUAACCGCAAGCCCCAGUAAUGAUUUGGUAAAUUUUACUGAAACCAGAUCUUCAGUUCAUAGUAAACUUCGAAGUAAUGGUACAAAUAAAUGUAAUAGCAGUAAUAAUUCAAGUAGAAGAGGCACUUCAUCACCAACCCCGUCUUCAUUUGUUCCACCACGUUCAGAUUCUAGCAGCUCUAAUAAGAGAAAGAAGCCUCCUGGUUCUGAGGAUGAAGCUUCAGGAAAAAAGAUAAAAGCAGAGCCAGCAAGUCCACCACCUAUGUCACCUACUAUGUUAGAUUGUCCUGAACCAAAUUGUUCUAAAAAGUAUAAAAAUGCUAAUGGCUUAAGAUAUCAUCAAUCUCAUGCACAUGGUGCUGCUUUGGAUGAUGAAGAUGCUGACACGAAAGAAUCAGGCGGUGCAAGUACUUCUGAAAAUGAAGAUGAUACUAGUCCUGUUUCUGUAAAUAAUUCUGGUAUUCAAGAUAACCUAAAAGAAGAACCUAUUGUCAACAAUCAACCAAUUGAACAGCCACAACUUUCCACAACUCCUCCAGUAACUGAAGUGGAUCCUCCAGCUCCAAUACAGUCUCCUCCUCUUUUAGUUACAAAACCAAGUGUUCUACGGUUUGGCCUUUCUGGGAAUGAAGAGACUAAUGUUGUUACCCCUACAUUGACUGCACCUAAAACAGUUUUAUCAGUUCCUGUGGUUCAACCAGCUCCCACUCCACCACCAUUGUUACAGCCAGCUACUCCUUUGCAAGCAAUUGCUCCUACUUCUCAGUCGCCACAACCUCAACCACCAAUUUUACAUGUGCAAAGUCCAGCAUCACAACAGUUACCUACACCUCCGCAAAUUCAACCAUUAGCACUAAAUCAGCCACAAGUUCAAAAAGUACCACAAUUUAAAGUAAAGCCAGCUUCUGCUUUAAUGCCCGCUGAAGAUAAUAUGAAAGGCAUUAAAGAUAGUAAAAAUAAAGCUGCAACACCGUCGUCUCAUAAAAAGAAAAAUCGUAAAUCUCCAGCUAGUAGUCCCAGACCAUUUUCUAUUGACCAACCACAGUUUGAUAGCUCAAAUUGUAGCCGCGAAGAUGUACAAAGUCCAGCAUAUUCUGAUAUCUCAGAUGAUACUGCACCAAUUCUUGAAGUUGAGAUGAAUGAUAUGAAUAAACAAAAAUUGUCCACCACUGAUAAAAAGUCAGAACCAAAUACAGCAAAUUCUCCUCAUCCUAUCCAACCAUAUAAUAUGUACCCAUCAUAUUAUGGUCAACCACCUUAUUUGAUUUCUUCUGUUCAACCAAAUGACACAUCUAAACAAAUAAAAGAAGGUGAAAAAAUUAACCAACAUUCACAAGAUUUAAAAAUGUCAUCUUCAACUGGAGAUAAGGAUAAUAAGAAAGACAUACAAGCAAAUCAAGCAGCUGAAUAUCAGCAACAAAAGCUUUUACAGCAAUAUUUUAAUUAUGAUUCUUAUGUUCAAAAUUAUCCAUAUAAUAUUGGAGCAGGAUAUCCAAUGUCUAUGGUACAAGAUAAAGAAAUGAAGCCUGAUGAUAAAAAUCAUCAACCUCCAAUGCCCGGUGCCUUGAGUGUUCCUCAGCCUAACAAAAUAAAAACUGAUCAAAUAUUACCCAAAGAAAAACCUCAUCAGAAUGAAAAUCAUCAAAUUAUGAAAGAAAGCAUUGAAAUGAAAUCACAAAUGAAUUCAGCUUAUAUGUUUUCACGGCAACAGCAGCAGCAGCAACAACAACAACAGCAGCAGCAACAGCAACAGCAACAACAACAACAGCAGCAGCAACAGCAACAACAACAACAGCAGCAGCAACAACAACAGCAGCAGCAGCAACAGCAACAGCAGCAAGAUGAUGUAAGGCGUUAUUAUGUAUAUCCAGAUCAGAGACGGAAGGAUCAUGGUUCUGGUGAUCAUUCACAUACAAAAUCGAAUACACAAAGUACACCAACUAAGCAUUCUAUGGGCACAAAUUCAAUACAUAAGCAUAAAGAAAAACAUGAAGACAAAAAAGAUGAUAAAAUGUGUAAAAGUUCUUCUCAUAUGUCUGAAGGAGUUAAACCUACAAUGGAAACACAAGGACCACCUCCACCUCCUACGUCUUCAUAUGCCUAUAUACAUCCAGGUUUUAUGCAGUCGCCUCAUUUUGCUGGUGCUUUGGCAUUCGAUCCCAUGUACAGGAGUGCAAUGAAUCCUAUGUUGGUGCCUGGACCUUAUGGCAAUACGCCACCACCCCCUUAUUUACAUCCUCAGCUUCAUGCUCAAAUGCAACGGUAUCAUGCACCUGAAGAUCUCUCACGACCAGCUGUUUCUACACAGUCGUCAACUCCUUCCCAACCACCAUCUGGGCCUAAGGCGGCUCUUGAUCUCCUACAACAUCAUGCUAGUCAAUAUUACUCUUCACAUAAAAUACAUGAAUUACAAGAACGUGCCAUUAAGUCUCCAACACCAAAACCAAAUGCACAACCAGGCUUAACGCCAGCUCCGUCACCAGGGACAAGGCAAUCUCCAUCUUUAACGUCAACUGGCAUUGUACCGACUGCCACUGAACGAACUACGUCUACUGGUCCUCCUUCAUCUACCCAAUCUUCUGGUAAAUCAGGAUCGACUGGUGAUCCAAAAGACUGUCGUUCACCACCUCCUCAAAGUUUUCCAAUAAAUUUGUUUCACUUAAUUCAAAGGCUGUGAUUUCAAAUCGAGGCGAAAGAUUUGGUUUUAAAGUCUUUAGGUGUACACAUUCUUAGACAGCAUACAAUUUUUUUUUUUUUGUAAAUUUUUAUGUAAAUAUGUACAAAUGUCAAAUAUGUAUUCAUUUAAUUUGUAAUAGUUUUAUAUUAAUUUUAAUUACUUGAAAAAGGUACAUAUAUUUCAUAUAUAAUACAACAAUUGCCCAAUUGUAUAUAAAUAAUAUGUGAAGAAAAAACACUGUGAAUAUGCUAGGCUUUUUCUAGGCAAUCUUUAUUAAUGAUGAUAUUUUAUUUAUUAUGACUACAUAUAUUAAAUGUAAAUAUUUUAUGUGGGAUUUUUUGUACUAUAGUUGGAAAAUAUAUUUUAGUAUUUUUUGAUUAUUAGGUGAAUAAAUUUAUAUUAUUAUUGUACACUUAAUAUAUAGAUACCUAACUAGUA